AUGUCUGCGAACAAGAAGGCUCGUAAGAGCACCAAGAUCGAGACCUUGGCGGUGCACGGGGGUGACCAGCACGACCCAGGCCAUGGGGCCAUCUUCCCGCCCAUCACCACGGCCACCAGCUUCGUGCAGCCCAACCUGGGCGAGGAGGGCCGCUUUGCGUACUCCCGCUGCGGGAAUCCCACCAGGUAUGCCUAUGAGACCGCCAUCGCGGAGCUCGAGGGAGGCAUUUGGGCCACCGCCACCGCUUCAGGGAUGGCUGCCACUGCACUCGCCCUGGAGCUCCUGCGGCCGAGCAGCCACGUGCUGGUGAUGAGGGGCUGUUACGGCGGCACUCACCGCCUGUUUGACAAGACCCGCAGCGUUUCGAUGGAUCUCCGCACUACCUUUCUGGACCUCAACGACUUGCAGCAGGUGCGUGAGCAGAUCACGGAGCACACGGCCAUGAUCUGGGUCGAGAGUCCCACGAAUCCCCUGCUGACGCUGGUGGAUCUCCCCAGACUCGUGGAGGCGGGGAAGUUCUAG